AUAACGCUUUUGAAAUCAUUUUCAGCUGUAUUUGUUGUACCGGCAGGCUAAAAAAUUGCUCUUUCCUCGCUUUUCUAGCGGUUUAUUUUCAGUUUUUCCCCGUCAAAAAUGGCUAAAAUUGAACCUUCAAACAGCAAAACAACUUCAAACCUGGAAAAAACCGCGGAAGUUGAAAACUUUUUCAUUCCUUCUGAAGAAAAGUCAGAAAAGUUCACGAAACGUGAAAUGAUUUUGAUGAGCACCCAAGAUUUGUUCAGUUCUGUGAUGCCCCAAUUGUCUCUGGGCUCAACUGGACUUAUUUCCAUUCUCUGGGCUCUGGCAUAUUUAUUUUUCACCGGAAUUUUUGCGUUCCAGACUUACGAAACAAUGGUUGAGUACUUUUCUCAUCCGGUAGUCGUGUCGAUUACCCUGGAAAAGUCAGACCAGCCAGUGGACUUUCCGGCUGUGACUGUCUGCAACAACAAUCCACUUCGGAGGUCAAUGGUGUCGCGGAUAUCUUUCAUGGAGGGACUGGCAUUCCUCGACAGAUACGCGCUGGAAACGAUGGAGAUAGCACACGAUCCAGGUUUCACAAGUACAGAGUGCGACCUGGCCAAUGGGGACGACUUCCUGUGUGCCAAUCAGGUGUGCAUCAGCUCCCAGUGGGUCUGCAACAACAAAACCGAAUGCGGAGAUAGCUCCGAUGAGUCGCCUGCUAUCGAUUGCGAAAAUCGGACUGCAAUUAACUCGUCAAAGGUUUGUUUGGGAGACUACAUUCUGUGUCCGGAGGAAACCACUUGUGCUACAGCUUGCGACGGCAACCUCGAAUGUGUCGUAUACCUCGGCUAUGACGAGUCCCCACUGGCCGGAUGCGAGGACUCCUGUCGGACUAUUAUUCCCGUGUCGGAAGUCGAGGAAGUACUGUCGUCUCCAAAUUUCCCCGAGAAAUACCCCGAGGGUCUCUUGUGUGAAUACACACUCGAAUCGAAUUAUUCUGAUUACGUAAUCAGUGUUAAUUUCACUGUUUUCAACGUGGAAAACGACUGUGACUACGACUCCGUACGACUUCAAGACGGUUACGUAACCAACUCGACUAACUGGAUUAAGUACAACAAGAAGACCCGUUUUUGUGGCAAUUUGGAGGGCAAUGACUUGCCGAAUGUCACUUCGAGUAGCACUUCGCUUGUGAUCUUUUUUAACACAGAUAUGAUGGGAAAUAAGCAAGGAUGGAGUCUCACUUACCAAGCGGUUCCCGCGACUGCAAACGCUACUGGAGCUCGCCGAAAACGUCGGUCGGAUCCCGCACCUACAGCCGACCCACCUUCAGAUGGAUCUGAUAGUUACGAUUUCAAUUAUGGGGACGGAAACUUUGGUGAUGAUUACAUGAAUGACAUGUAUGACAUGUUUGAAGACUAUGGCUUGCUUGGACCAGCUUCCUUUUCCAAAAUAGAACAAUAUGAUUGGUUGAAAGCGUUUGAAAUUGCCAAAAUGCCAGACUACUCCGACUUCAAAUCUUUCGUGAAGUUCAAAACUAAAGAGAUCAUCGGAAACGGACACCAGAAAGAAGACUUCAUUGUGCAGUGUGUGUUCGAUGGUUUUGUUUGCAGUACCGACUUGUUCACGACUGUUCAAGAUCAAGACCUGGGAAACUGUUUCGUAUUCAACUCCGUAGUUGAUGUAGCACAAGUAACCCAAGCUCCGAAACAGCCAAUAAACACCACCAAAACGGGUUUCGCCAGCGGACUGAAGCUAACAUUUUUCCUCGACAAAGACGAAUACAUCGGAAUUCUUGGUCAAAAUUCCGGUGCCAGAGUUUCCAUUUCGAACCCAAAAGAGUUCCCGCCGACAAAUUCCAAGGCUUUGUUCGUAUCGUCCGGAUCUAACACUAUUAUCUCGAUGACCCAAGAAAAGAUUAGCCGAGAGACCUACCCGUACUCGGAUUGUCAGGAAAAUUGGCCCGAAGAAAUGAGAGUUUCCGACAGUGCGAAGCGAUUCAUGUACACUCAAGAUCUGUGUCUAGUGAUUUGUCAGAAAACAGCCAUAGCCGAAGUUUGCAACUGCAGCGAAACUCCUGAUUUCGAAUUCAGUUCUGACCCUGAAAUUGGUGCGAAGAGUGUGAUUUACUGUGAUCCAUGGAAUGACGCGGCAGCUUCGUGUGUUAACAAUAUUCAAGAGGACUUUUCCGAGAACAGACGAAGUUGCGAGUGUCCGCAGCCGUGUGAGGAACGAGUGCUGAACAAAGUGACCUCGAUAACCGAGUGGCCGAGUGACAUGUAUGCGCCCUACUUUGUCUCUCUCCUGCAAAGAACCAAAUCAAGAGCGGUGUUUAAAUUUAUGAAGCGGAUUUUGGCAUCAAGUGACAGCAUGGACCAAGAACAGAUGAGUGCGAUGGUGAAGAAGAACUUCGCCAGAGUUGAGAUCUACUUCGAGACCAUGAACUUCCAGAGGUUCCAGGAGACUCCUAAAUACAACCCCUCGACUCUCUUUGGAACCCUGGGGGGCAACAUGGGUUUGUGGCUGGGAUGGAGUGUUUUUGCAGUGUUCGAAAUUCUCCAAUGGGGCUACAGAGUCGCCGCAAUUGCAUUGUCUAGAAGCCCGUCUAAAAACCUAUAAUAAAGAUAUAAGUAAAGGCGUUCAUACAAUUCUGACAAAUAGGACAGUUUAAAAUUUGAAUA